AUGCGGGUGACCCAGGUGGCCCUGGUGGCCCUGGUGGCCCUGGUGGCCCUGGUGGCCUUGGCGGGCUCAGGGACACCGGAACCCGCCCAGGUGGCCCAGCUGGUGACAGAUUUCGGGCUGCGGCUGUUCCGGGCGGCGCUGGUGGCCCGCGGUGACACCAACGUGGUCUUCGCGCCCUACGGGGCCACCUCGGUGCUGGUGGCCCUGCAGGUGGCCACGGCCGGGAGGGGACGGCGGCAGCUGGAGGCGGCCACCGGCUUCAGCAUCGACGGGCUGGUGGCCAGCCUGGUGGCCCCCGGGGUGGUGGCUCCCGGUGUCCGGCUCCUGGUGGCCAGCGCCGAGUUCUUCGGGGGGGCCUGGGCCGUGCCCUUCCCCCCCCGCGCCACCCGCGCCCGGCCCUUCCUGCGCCCCGGGGACACCGAGGCCACCGCGGCCAUGAUGGAGGUGACGCUGCGCCUGCGCUGCGGUGACUUCGAGU